UCGAGUCGUUCCACCGCGCAAGAUGCGUGCGCGCGUUCUCUCCGCGAAAAUUCCUUUUAUAAACUCCGAUUGGAUUUGAUAACAGAAUUUAAAUCUGGAAAUUCAUUUAUUAAUUAUUUAUCUUGAUUUUUUUUAUAUGUGUAUUAAUUCGUGUUUAUUUUUUUAUAAAACUGUUCGCGAGGACCGACUAAAUGUCAAGGUCGAAUUUCGAAGUGAAAGUUACUGAGUGUGUGCUUAUGAUGCGUUAAGAAUUACGAUAACGUUACGAAAGAGUUUAAUAUAGCGUUUCGUAAUUGUGUGGAUAAAUUUGGAUGUAUAUGUGUGUGCCUCGAUAAGGAAAAAAGAUAUCAUAAUGACGAUUCGAAGUAUGACGGUAACAGAUGCGAGAGAUGCAACCACGAAGCAAUGCUGCCAGGGGCCUUACAAGUUCCGGACGAAGUUGCUGAUCACAGGGACUGUGAUCCUAGUGUUCGUGGCCGCCCUCGCCGGGUACCUGAUAGGCAGCUCGGAGCGCAGCAAGCGGAUGAUAGAGCCUCCAGACCCGCUGGUGCCGCCGGGACCGUCAUACUCAGUACUGCGAAGGUUUAAGAAGGCAGCUGUGUGCACCGAUUCGCCACUAUGCUCAGGAGUUGGCAAGGCUAUCCUCCUGAAGAAGGGGACAGCAGUCGACGCCACCAUCGCGGCUAUGUUCUGCAACGGGUUGCUCAACCACCAGAGCAUGGGGGUGGGGGGAGGGUUCUAUAUGACCGUCUACAUCAAGGAUGAAGGGAAGGCCUACGUCGUAAACGCGAGGGAAUCCGCCCCGGGGCAGGCGUCCGCUGAUAUGUUCAAGGGAAACUCUGACAAGGCUACCAAAGGUCCGUUAGCAGUGGCUGUACCAGCAGAGACCCGUGGCUUGUGGGCAGCCUACCAGCAAUGGGGCAAGCUGCCCUGGGCCACCCUGUUAGCUCCCACCAUCAAGAUCUGUGAGGACGGCUACAACAUAUCCAAGGCUCUGUACGAUGGCCUGGAAGCCGCGGCUUGGAUUAAGAACGACCCUCACUUGAGGAAGCAAUACUACGAUUCUUCAAAAGGCAAGUUUUACAAAGUAGGUACGGUAGUAAAACCCAGUACGGAACUGUGCAACAGCCUCAAACGAAUAGCGGAGAAUGGUGGCGAUGAACUGUACACUGGAGCCCUAUCUAAGGACUUUAUUGAAGACCUGGCUGACGUGAAGAGCAUCAUCACAGAGGAAGAUCUGAGGAAUUAUAAAGCAAAAAUAGAAGAACCCAUAAAAGUUACCAUGAGCAACGGGGAUACCCUCUACACGCCCGCUCCACCCAGCAGUGGGAUCGUCCUCGCCCACAUCCUGAACAUUCUCCAAGGGUACAACUUCACGUCAGACGACAUCAAAACCAAUGAUGACAAGAUCCGCACUUAUCACAGGAUUACAGAAGCAUUCAAGUUCGCUUUUGGUGCCCGAACGAAAUUGGGUGACCGCGCAUUUUUGAAUAUUACCGAUCUGCUCGACCAACUAGCAAGUCCCGAUUACGGAGAGCAGAUUAGGCAGCAGAUCAACGAGUCAACAACGAGCAACGACACAGCAGUUUACGGAGCUGAGGAGUACACCGGCCAAGACUCUGGGACUGCCCACAUCUCCAUCGUAGCGGAGAACGGUGACGCCGUAUCGGUCACCAGCUCCCUCAACUUCUACUUUGGCGCAGGAUUCUCUACGAAACGCACGGGGAUAGUGCUAAACAACGUUAUGGAUGAUUUCUCGUCCCCUGGCUUCAAGAACUACUUCGGUUUAUCGCCGUCUCCUGCUAACUUCAUAAAGCCAGGGAAGCGACCACUCUCUUCCAUGGUACCAAGUAUUAUUGUGGAUGACAUGGGCAACGCGAAGUUUGUCGUAGGUGGAUCUGGCGGUACUAAGAUCAUUACUGCUGUUGCUUUGGCAACCAUGCGCAAGAUGUGGUUCAAUCAAUCAAUAAAGGAAGCGAUAGACGAGCCCAGAUUCCACCAGCAGCUGUUCCCCAUGUACAUAGACUAUGAAUACGGCAUCCCUCAGGAUAUCGUAACAGGACUGAGAGCGAAGGGUCAUGGCAUGAAGCGGUAUCGAGGCAGGGGAUCUAUAGUCUGUGCGCUUUACAGAAACAGUUCAGGAAUAUAUGCUAACUCCGACUAUAGGAAAGGCGGUGAUGUUUACGGUACGGACUGAAUUACGCAAAUGAGGUGGAGUAUGCUCCAUACCCUCUCCGGUUGAUUGAGGGGAGGCCUGUGCAGCAGUGGGACCAGUCAAGUGCCGUUCCCGGGAAAGUUCCCACUUUAAAAAAGCGCAAAAGUUAUGUAAAAAAAACCUCUAAAAGCCUCUGAGGCAGAUUGGAUUCUGAUCCUAUCGUGCCCGUACAAGAACAAUUUGAAUAAAGCAGUUUUUACCACAGGAACAUUCCCACUUUGGUAACAUUCCCGGGAACAGCGGAACACUGAAUGGGACGCGUUUAGGCUAAACAGCCUAAAUAUUUGUUUGUUUUAUGUGUUUGUUUAUUGUUAAACAUAGCAUAAACAUGCUAUGUUAGUCUCAAUAAACAAACAACAGUUGACAAAAAAGAAAAUUAAAAUGAAAAACGUCUUACUAGGACGGGAUUUCAAAUCGCAGCUGUCAUACCGCGGCUUGACAAAAGCUACAGGUUCAAGUCCCGUCCGAGUCAAACUUCUUUGAAUUUAAUUUUACUUGAAAAUUUCCCAAAGGACGAAUAAGUUCUUUAAAAACACUUGACAAGUUAGUAGAGAAUGUCCCUUGUUCAAAGAGCGAAUUUAGAGACACUACGCCAGGAAAGGUCGUAAGCAUACUUCCACUAAUAUAUUACUGUCAGGAGGGUUAAAAAGGCCACAUCGAAGCAACUCAUCUAAAAAAACAAUAUUGCUAUUUGACAUUUGUUUGCAUUGCACAAAUGUCAAUUUGCAAUAUUUCUUUUAAGGCAUUCUCUGUUAAUUCGUCAAACGCACAUCUCCGUAGUUUUUUUGUAUUUCCCAGUAAGUAAUAGGUGUAAUAGGUAUUUAUCUACUUAAAUUAUGAGCAUGUGAAACGCGAAUUUGUAAGAAUGUAAGAAGAGUCGAAUAAGAAAAUCUAAUGUGAUAAAUAGUGAUGGACGUAUAUAAAAUGUAUUUAAAUCUUCACUUAAUUGAAUCUCUUGAACUGACGUUAACAUGUGGUAAGCUUAAAAUACCUACUUUGAUGUAUAUUAUCAUUGAUGCAAGUACAAAAUCCUAAGUCCAAAGCUUUUUUAGCUGCUUUUAAACAUUUGAAAUUAAUGAUAU